GCGGUGCCGCUGCAGCAGCCGCUUGGCGCCGCGCUCGUUCCGCGCCGCGGCCGCCCUGACAGGAGGAGGCGGCGGCCGGGCUGGUCCCUCCGCUCCGUGCCGAGGAGGCGUCGCCGGCCCGGCUCUCCGUGACUCACCCCGGCCAUGGCCGGCUGCGCGCCGCGGGGGCCCCCGCUCCGCUGCCGCUGAGGAGCAGCCGCCGCCAUGAAGAAGGGCCGCUGCCGGGGGGACAAAGCGGGGCCCCCGCCGCCCCCCAGGAGGGAGCCCGGCCGGGCGGCCGCCGCCGAGAGGAGAGCUGCCCCCGCGGCGGGCGGCAGGAGGGAGCCGCAGGACGCCGGGGCCCCGGGCGCCGACUGCAGGGCGGAGAAGGAUGUGGUAACAGAAUCCACUCCAUUACGGUGCAGAAAGCUCAGUAACCCUGACAUCUUUUCAUCUACUGGGAAAACUAAACUCCAUCGUCAGCUAAGUCAAGAUGACUGCAAACUGCGUAGGGGUAGCCUGGCCAGCUCUCUGUCAGGAAAGCAACUGCUUCCCUUAUCCAGCAGUGUGCACAGUGGAGUGGGACAAUCAACAUGGCAGCCAGCUGGAGAAACCUCAAACCUGGUCCGUAUGAGAAACCAGUCUCUAGGACAGUCUGCUCCUUCUCUUACUGCUGGCUUGAAGGAACUCAGUCUCCCUAGAAGAGGAAGCUUAAUCUCCUCUCCUUUGUACUCCCACUGCCGAGGAAGUGAUGUUCAUCAGCACAUGUUCUCCCCUACAUCUGCUCCAGGUCUACAACACCUUAAAAUCCCAUUUAGUGCGGAUUCUGCUCUCGCUACUUCUCCUUUAGUCUUUUACCUGAACCCACAACCCCAGAGCAACCCUGCUAGUCCCUGCUACAGCAAUCCGCUACAGUGGAGUUGUCGGACGAGCAACAGGAAGAGCCUGAUUGUAACAUCCAGCACAUCUCCAACACUCCCACGACCACACUCCCCGCUCCAUGGACAUACAGGCAGCAGUCCUUUGGACAGUCCCAGGAAUUUCUCUCCCAACGCACCUGCUCAUUUUUCCUUUGUUCCUGCCCGUAGCCAUGGACACAGAGCAGACAGAACGGAUGGGCGCCGCUGGUCCCUGGCCUCUCUUCCUUCAUCUGGAUAUGGAACAAACACUCCCAGUUCAACAGUUUCAUCAUCAUGCUCAUCCCAGGAGAAGCUGCACCAGCUGCCCUUUCAGCCAACGGCAGAUGAACUUCAUUUCCUGACAAAGCAUUUCAGCACUGAGAGCAUCACUGACGAGGAAGGACGUCAUUCUCCAGCCAUGCGGCCACGAUCCCGCAGUCUCAGUCCUGGUCGUUCCCCGAUUUCCUUUGACAGCGAAAUAGUAAUGAUGAAUCAUGUGUACAAAGAAAGGUUUCCGAAGGCCACAGCACAGAUGGAGGAACGGCUGGCUGAGUUUAUUGCUUCUAAUGCUCCAGAGAACGUGCUGCAAUUAGCAGAUGGGGUCCUAAGCUUCAUUUAUCAUCAGGUUAUUGAGCUGUCCAGAGACUGCCUGGAUAAAUCACGUGAAGGACUUAUUACUUCCCGGUACUUUUAUGAGCUGCAGGAGAACUUAGAAAAACUCCUACAGGAUGCCCACGAGCGAUCAGAGAGCUCAGAGGUGGCUUUUGUUACCCAGCUUGUGAAAAAGCUGAUGAUCAUCAUUGCACGACCGGCUCGACUGCUUGAGUGCCUGGAGUUUGAUCCCGAAGAGUUCUACCAUCUGUUAGAAGCUGCCGAAGGUCAUGCCAAGGAAGGGCAAGGAAUUAAAUGCGACAUUCCUCGUUACAUUAUCAGCCAGCUGGGCCUUACCCGGGAUCCCCUGGAGGAAAUGGCCCAGCUGAAUAGCUAUGACAGUCCAGACACUCCAGAAACAGAUGAUUCAGUUGAGAGUCGCGGGGUCCCUGCGCAGUCAAAGAAAGCUCCCUCUGAAGAGGACUUUGAAAACAUUAAGCUAAUCAGCAACGGGGCUUAUGGGGCUGUGUAUUUGGUGCGGCACAAGACUACCCGCCAGCGCUUUGCCAUGAAGAAGAUCAACAAACAGAACCUAAUUUUGAGAAACCAGAUCCAGCAGGCCUUUGUGGAGAGAGACAUCCUGACCUUUGCUGAGAACCCCUUUGUAGUCAGUAUGUUCUGCUCCUUCGAGACCAAACGCCACCUCUGCAUGGUUAUGGAGUAUGUGGAAGGAGGAGAUUGUGCCACACUCCUAAAGAAUAUUGGAGCCCUACCAGUUGAUAUGGCCAGGAUGUAUUUUGCCGAGACAGUGCUGGCACUGGAGUACCUACACAAUUAUGGCAUUGUCCACCGUGACCUAAAACCUGACAAUCUUCUGAUAACAUCCAUGGGUCACAUUAAACUAACAGAUUUUGGACUCUCUAAAAUUGGGCUGAUGAGUCUCACAACUAAUCUGUAUGAGGGACACAUUGAGAAAGAUGCAAGAGAGUUCCUGGAUAAGCAGGUAUGUGGGACUCCAGAAUACAUUGCCCCGGAAGUGAUCUUGCGACAGGGCUAUGGAAAGCCUGUGGAUUGGUGGGCCAUGGGAGUUAUCCUGUAUGAGUUUUUAGUUGGCUCUGUCCCUUUCUUUGGUGACACACCAGAAGAACUGUUUGGACAAGUGAUCAGUGAUGAAAUUGCCUGGCCAGAAGGGGAUGAAGCAUUACCACCAGAUGCACAGGACCUCACAUCUAAACUUCUCUGUCAAAACCCUCUGGAAAGACUGGGAACAGGUAGUGCCUUUGAGGUGAAACAGCACCGGUUCUUUAAAGAUCUGGACUGGAAUGGAUUACUUCGACAGAAAGCAGAAUUUAUUCCACAGCUGGAAUCUGAGGAUGACACUAGCUACUUUGACACUCGUUCUGAACGGUACCAGCACCUAGAUUCAGAAGAAGAUGAAGACACAAAUGAUGAUGAUCAUGUAGAAAUUAGGCAGUUCUCAUCUUGCUCACCACGGUUCAGUAAGGUGUACAGCAGUAUGGAACGUCUCUCCAUCCACGAAGAGAGGAAAACACCACCAACUAAGCGCAGUCUCAGUGAGGAAAAAGAUGAUCGGCUAGACAGCCUCGGUGGUCUGAAAAGUCGGGAUCGCAGCUGGGUGAUUGGCUCUCCUGAAAUACUGCGUAAGCGCUUGUCCGUGUCUGAAUCCUCACACACAGAGAGCGACUCCAGUCCGCCUCUUACUGUUCGGCGGCGUUGUUCGGGGCUUCUCGACAUGCCCCGGUUCGCCAUCUCAGCUGAGGAAGAAGGACUUGCCCCCAAAAAGCAACAGUCAGAUGGAACGUUACUAUCUACAGUACAGUCACGUGAGGGGCUCCCCCUACCAAUUCCAGAAAAACCUGUGGAGCGAGAGCUGCACUUACAUGAAGACACUGGGCCAACAACACCCUCUUCAACCAUCAGCAACAUCAGCAGCUCAACCCUGACAGCCGGGAGCACUACAGAUUUCUCUGAUCAGCGCAUUCGUAGCAAUAGCAACGAGGGUCCAGAUUUUACCACUCCAAAAGCCAUCAGCGACUUGGCAGUACGGCGGGCACGGCACCGGUUGCUCUCUGGGGAAUCGGGGGAGAAACGUACCUCGAGACCUGUCAACAAAGUGAUUAAAUCGGCAUCAGCUACAGCCCUCUCCCUCCUGAUUCCCUCAGAUCACCACACUUGUUCCCCAUUGGCUAGUCCAAUGUCACCUCAUUCUCUGUCCUCCAACCCAUCUUCAAGAGACUCCUCACCAAGCCGAGACUUUUCUCCUGCUAUCACAAACCCCAAACCACCAAUCAUUAUCCAUCGGGCUGGAAAGAAAUACGGCUUUACCCUUCGUGCUAUUCGAGUCUACAUGGGGGAUACUGACGUCUAUGCUGUGCAUCACAUGGUCUGGCAUGUGGAAGAAGGAGGUCCUGCUAAUGAAGCAGGUCUGCGGGAAGGUGAUCUGAUAACCCAUGUCAAUGGAGAGUCUGUCCAUGGACUGGUGCAUACUGAAGUGGUGGAACUGAUCCUGAAGAGUGGAAAUAAGGUAUCUAUCUCUACUUCCCCAUUUGAGAACACAUCAAUCAAAAUUGGGCCAGCUCGGAAGCCCAGCUACAAAUCCAAGAUGGCUCGAAGGAACAAGAAAAGCAAAACUAAAGAUGGGCAGGAAAGUAAGAAGAAGAGUUCUUUGUUCAGGAAGAUCACAAAGCAGGCAUCAUUUCUGCACACCAGCCGUAGUUUAUCUUCACUUAACCGCUCGCUGUCUUCUGGAGAAAGUGUUCCCGGUUCUCCAACCCACAACCUGUCCCCUCGGUCACCUACGCAGAGCUACAGAUCUACUCCCGAGUCCGUACAUUCAGUUGGUGGAAAUUCUUCCCAGAGCAGCUCCCCCAGUUCCAGUGUUCCCAACUCUCCAGCCAGCUCUGGACACAUCCGACCUAGUUCUUUACAUGGACUAGCCCCAAAGCUUCAACGGCAGUAUCGAUCUCCGAGGCGAAAAUCUGCGGGAAACAUCCCUCUCUCACCACUAGCUCACACUCCCUCACCAACCCCACAGUCCACAUCGCCGCAGCGUUCACCUUCUCCUUUGCCAGGGCAUUCAGUAGGCAGCUCCAGUAUUAUUCAGUCCUUUCCUGUAAAAUUACAUUCCUCCCCACCUCUGGUAAGACAGAUCUCCAGACCCAAAAGCGCUGAGCCCCCCAGGUCUCCUUUGCUGAAGAGAGUCCAGUCAGCUGAGAAACUGGCUGCCUCGCUGUCCUCCGAAAAGAAGCUGGCUUCCUCUCGCAAACAUAGCUUGGAUAUCUCCCACUCUGAAUUUAAGAAGGAGAUGCUACAAAGGGAUCCUAGUCUCCAAAGUUUACAGGAGUCCGUGAAUGAAGCAACAGGAGGUAAAGUUGGGCUAGCGGAAAAAGGGACGCUGCAAAAGCCAUCUUCCAGGAAGCUAGGUGCUAUUCGACAAGACAGAGUAGAGAGGAGAGAGUCACUACAAAAGCAGGAGGCCAUUAGGGAAGUAGAUUCCUCUGAAGAUGAAACAGAUGAUGGUUCAGAGGAUAGUCAAGAUGGGAGAAGAUUGGAGAGGCAACCCUCCAGAGGAGAACAGGGCUCCAACUCUUUUAAUGAUGAUAAUAAGUUUUCUUCUAAACUGGAAAGCAAAGACAAUAUGGAGGACGAUGCUUUUCUAACCGAUGAUCCAAAAGAUACAGCAGACUUGCAGAAGGUAACUAAGCAGCCACCUACAGCUGUCUCAGAGGCACUGCAAAUUAGCAUACCCCAGUCAGAGUCAGAGAUUCUUACCAGAAUGUCUCCAGGAGAAUCUGGAAAAUAUGAAAAGCCACUGCCAGGAUCAGGAACAACAGCAGAAGAGCAUAAAUUGUCAGAAAGCAAACCCUUUGAGCACAUUAGUCAAGAAGAUGCCUCUUAUGCGAGCAUCAAAUGCACUGGGGGGAAAAGUAUAGAUUGCAUAGAAGAUACAAAGUGCCCACCUGUGGGAUUCCUUCAGUUUGAGCAAAGCCACUCCUCAGGGGUGUCACAUGGUAAAGAUGCACCAAAGGAGUCUGUGUUAACAGAAAUCAGUCAAAAAAAGCAAGAUCCUAACCCUUCACUAGCACUUUCUUCUUGUUGCACAGCAGGUAUAAAUUCUCCGCUAUCAAUAAGCCAAACGGACUGCAGAGAAACAGAUCACAAACAAGAACUUCAGUCUACAGAACAAAGCAACAGAUUUCAACAUCUGGCAAAUAUAAAUGAAACUUCUCCAAAAAGUCCUACUGCUGAAAAACAGCAAAGCUCGUGCCAUGCAGAGGGCUCUUCACAAGACAAGAAUCAAUUAAAUGCUAGGAAAAUUAGCCCAAGUAAUGCAACAGGUGCUGCACCCUCAACUCCCCAUGUCUCAAGUUCCGGUGAAAAGGCCCUUUCAGUGUCUCAGUUAGAAACUGUAGCUCAAAGUGUGUUGGGCCCAACGAAGCUUGAUGUGUUGGGUACUAGAAAGCUGGAAACUGAUAAAGAGUCCCCGCAAAUGGACCUGUCCUGUAAGAGAGAUUCACAACAAAGAAGGCAGGAAACGUUAAAGGUGGGAUUAGAUCAAGAAAGAGCGAAACCUCUUAGCAGAGACAAUCUUACUACAACCUGUACACCCUACACAGAGUCAACAAGUCCAGCAAGGUCUGGGAAGCCAGCAUGUUCUCUGACAGCAAAACAAAAGCCAGGUUUUGGUGGUUCUAAAGCACUUGAAGCCUUGGGGGAUAACAGGAAAACUUCUCCGUCGAAAGAUCUUCCACAUACCCCUGGAAGACAGAUUCUUAGGGCAUCUCCUCUGCCAGAUGGCAGUCUGAAGCUCUGUAAAGAGGAGACUCUGGUGCAGGAAAAAAGCAAAGAGGCUGGAGGUCAGUUAAAAAUACAAGACUUUCCGUUGACACAUGAUAAUGUUGUCAAGAAAACAUAGCAGAGUCCCUGGAAUACGUGCACUCGAGUAUUCUACCUUCAGACAUAGACUGCAUGCUUGAGUUUUGUAAUAUACACUAAUACGGAAUAGAACUGUGUACAUCUAUUUUUGGGGGGGUUGUUUUUUCAUACUGCUUUUUGCAUUUUUUUCCAUCCUUGCAAUUCUAUUUUUGUACACGGUGUGCUUGCCAUUUGAGGUCUCUUUGGAACAGGGUAUCUUUAAAGCAGAGCUAUGAAAUAGUUUGCUGACUUUUUUCUCUUUAUUUUGCCCUGAGUUUGGGGUGUGCUGUGCAUUUCCCUCCAGUUUUGCAUUUAUUUCUGAUCCCAAAGAAUUUUCUGUGCAAAAAUAGGCAGCUGACAUUAAAAUCUCUCCCUUUUUCAACUUUCUCUUUCAAAUUGCAUUCACUCGUUCCCAAAUUUUUCAGAUUUUACAAGCCAGUUUUCCCUAUGGCAAGGAGAAAAAAAUUGCCUUGUUAAUAGGUUAUCCUGCACAUUCAAGCCCUCUUCCGUGCAACCCAGAUCCUCUUUUUUUCUGUCACUUUACAUAUCCUCCAGUCCCACACAUAUCUUAGAGUUCAUUCCCUCUACGUUGUCAGUCUGGGGUGCAGGGAACAGUCCUAUAUAUUUUUUUUAAACAUUAUUUUUUAAAAACCUGUUUCUCAAAUGAAAGCUCAAAGAAGCAAGUCUCCGAUCUGUAGCAUGUUUUGCUGGGAUGGUUUGUUUUUACUUUGUUUUACAGGACGCAAGGCACCUCUCUCCUCCAUCUUUUAACAUUUUAAUUGAGUUUUCUCCCACCCUUUGCUGCCUGCCUUUCUAGUCUGUCCUUAUCCACAACAAAUAGUGACACCACAUGGAGGGACAUGGUUGUUUUUAAAAUAAUAAUGCUGAUAAUUGUAGCACCCUCAAGUACGCCCCAAGUAAUAUUAACUUCAUGGGUAUUGGAGACCUCUCCCUCUUUGGAUGGAUCUAAGUAGUUCGUCUAGGGGAGCUUAAGUGUUCCUGCCAGUUCUGAAACAGAGCUUGAGAAACCCAGCAAGGGUUCUGAAUUUGCCUUUCUUCUCAGAGAGUGCUAUGAAGUGUUGUUACCUUUGACUCAUUAAGUUACGUGGAUGAGCUGCAAACAGACUUCAAAACAACACACAUGGUAUUUCAAGAUUUUACCUUUGAUAGCUAGACCAUGUUCACUGCUCAGUUUACCUGGUUCCAUUAAGAAUUACUAUUAUCUCCUGGGUUCUAGCAUUUCUUUGCUUUAAAUGUGACCAGUUCUGAAUAACAUUAUUUUUGGGAUAAAACGCUGACAAAUAUGUAGUAUAACAUAUCUCUGGCAUUGUAAGCCAUUUCCUUACUCUAGCCAACUAAAGCCUACUGUCAAAGAAUGCUACUAUCAUUCAUCAUAGAAUGCUCUUGGCUUUCACUCCAACCUUGUCUGAGUAGAUCUGUGUGUGGAUAGCCUACAAUAGCUGGUUACCCCGUACAUUGGUGUACUUUGAUCGGAACAUUUCUGAAUGGUGACUGCACUUGCAGCAGUACACCAGACAAAGAGUCGCAUCUAUUGGUCCAAUUUCAUUCUACUGCUUUUUUCCAUUAUGAAAACCUCUUGUGCACUUUGAAUUUCUACUUAUUUUCCCUAAAUGUAUCUUUUAUAUAGGAAUACAAUUUUCCCAUCUCUCUUUCAACCUGAUUUAAUUCAUGAUGCACAAAUCCCAAGAAUCUCUGAAUUCCUUGUCCUGGCUUUUUCUCUGUAACCAUUUAUUUCAUUUUGUAACUGAUUUUGGAUGCUGAGAUUUCAUUUUUGGACCAACUUUUGUUUUGGGGUUCUUUUUUAUAUUCAAGUAACCGUCUAGUUAGUGUGUGUGUGUGUGUGCGCGUGUGUGUGUGUGUGUGUGUGCGCGUGUGUGUGUGUGUGCGCGUUUACUGUAGAGCUGUUAAGAAUGCACAGGCUUCUUAAUGCACUAAGAGAAGCAUCAACACUCCCAAGCAAUUCAUAAAUAGCUCCAGCAGUGACUGUGUUAAAGAUAGACAUACUAUGUCUUUGAUCCUCGCACUGGACUGCAUGAGCUAGUCAAAUGCACAUGGGUUUGUAAUUGUAAACCGCGACCUUUGUACCAUCCAAGCAGAGUCCUUCAUUACCAACCGCUCGAAGCACUCUUUAUUUUGAUAAGCGUGUCCUCCUGUGUUGAUUUCAAGACAAUAGUGAGUGCAGGUUUUGCUGAUGAUAACUGACCUGACGGGGCUUCUUCCCAGUGGGUUGAUCCAUUAAGAAGUUUUCAAGAAGAAAGGUCCAAUUGGCAAUACAGACUAAAAUAAAAUGUGCGUAGUCAGAAACUAAUCCUCUAAGAAAUGCCCAAUAAUUUUUGGAAAAUCUGUUAAAUUUAAUAACUUCAAAGAUAUGAACUUGUACCAUGGGGAUAGCCUUGUAAUGGGAGUGCUAUGUAAUGUCUGGCUUGGGUAUCAGAGUUAUAUACAAAGCACACCUAGAUCUCAUGGGAGGUAAUUUAUAUUAAGAUAUAACCCAAAUGGUCUUUGUAUGAACAUAUAAAAUAAGCAAUGAAUCUUCCCUCUCCCAUGGGACUCAUCAGUUGGGUGGAUGACAAAUUGCCCAUGAAAAAUAAUGCAGUUUAAUUUGUGUGUGAAUAAACAGCACUGUGUCUAAAUGGUCUGUCAAUUCUAGUCUACUAAGAGCGUUGUGACCUUUUGCUGAGAUAUGGAGGGGGUCAGAGCUACUUGUCUGGGAGUUUACCAGGGAAGCUCCCAGAAGGCAUAGCACACUACAACAGUUUGGAGAGUACUAGUGCUUUAGCAGCUUGCCUCUCCUGUCUUUGAAAAUAAGAUUUAUUACAGUGAAUUUCAGUUUUAUCGCUCCCUAAGUAAUCACAGCUGAGCAGAGGAGGAUUGCGAAGGAGCCUGACACAUUUCAGCUUUGGCCAAAGAAAGUGUAAGGUGCAUAUUUAGCCCCCCGAUGGCUGUAUAGCAGAUGCAAAACAAUCGGUUCAAGUUUAAAAGUCCACCAUUUGAAAGCCCAGGUAGGCUGGUGUUACCAGGAAAAGGUCCAUUCCUGGUGCAGCCUCACCCUUGUCAAUUGGAAUUUCUGUCGCCCAGGGUGCCGAGUACGCACAGGCCCCUCUCUGUUACCUGAUAUCACUCUGGCACCUUUUAGCAAAGCUCUUGGGAAAAGCAGAGAGAAGAUUUCCAUGGAAAAUUGUGAUGAUGAACCAGAUAUGUGCCAAGAUUUAUCACUGUCUGGCUGAAAAACAAAAUCAUAACUUAAAGAAAUAGUCUUCUGCCCCUAUCUUCGAGAUGGGCGAGAUGAGACAUUGGAAAUGAAUAUCUGUGUGUGUGUGUGG